ACAGAGCCGGAUAAUUAUUUAGCUCUGCGGCCUCUUGUUCUUCCUCUGUAAAUCUUUGUAGCUAGUUAGAAAAUGUCUCCACAAAUUAUCCUAUAUGGGCUUCUAGCAUUAUCUUUGUCCCUCUCCUUUGCAGCUGAUCUCAGUCCCCUUCAGGAUUUCUGUGUUGCAGACCCACAAAGCCAAGUGUUUGUGAAUGGUCUGGCCUGCAAGGAUCCCAAGCUGGCUGCAGCGAAUGAUUUCUUCUUCACCGGGCUUCACUUAGCGGGAAACACAUCGAAUACGGUGGGGUCUGUGGUGACCCCAGUUACCGUAUCACAGAUGCCGGGGCUUAACACUCUUGGCAUCUCAAUGAUACGCAUAGACUACGCACCGUGGGGCAUCAAUCCUCCCCACACGCACCCUCGCGCCUCCGAAAUCUUAACGGUCUUGGAAGGCAGCCUCGAAGUUGGGUUUGUCACGUCCAACCCUGACAACCGUCACAUCACCAAGGUGCUGCACAAGGGCGAUGUCUUUGUCUUCCCCAUCGGUCUCGUUCACUACCAGAGAAAUGCAGGUUCUGCAAAUGCAGUUGCCAUUGCAGCUCUUAGCAGCCAAAAUCCAGGAGUUGUCACAGUUGCAAAUGUUGUGUUCGGGUCUGUGCCGGAUAUUGCUGGUGACAUUCUUGUUAAGGCUUUCCAAGUGGACAACACUGUUAUCACUUACCUGCAGUCCAAAUUCUAAAACUCAAAUGUAUUUUUUGUAGCAAUUAAUUAAUGUGCACUUUUGUUUAUGUGAUCUUUGAUUAUGGAAAAUUUGAGCUUAUCCUAUAAUUUGGGAAUAUUUAUUAUUUUUGUUGGGUCAUUAAUUAGUCAUGAUUCUUUCAUGCUUGUGCGUGUAAUACAAGAUGAUAUAUUAGAGGUUUUCCAUUUCCUUUC